AUGGAGAACACCAGCCCAGCAGUGAUUGAAGAUGAUGGCCCAGGCUAUGAGCUGGACUUAUUUUGUAUCCCUAAGCAUUAUGCCCAAGAUCUGGAAAAAGUAUUGAUUCCUCAUGGGCUAAUCCUGGACAGGACUGAACGUUUGGCGCAAGAUGUGAUGAAGAAGAUGGGAGGCCACCCCAUGGCUGUCCUCUGUGUCCUCAAGGAUGGCUAUCAACUCUUUGUUGAUUUGCUGGAUUACAUCAAUGCACUCAACAGGAAUAAUGAUCAAUCAAUUCCUGUGACUGUAGAUUUUAUCAGAUUGAAGAGCUACUGUAAUGACCAGUCAACAGGGGACAUAAAAGUAGUUGGGGGAGAUGAUCUCUCAACCUUAACUGGAAAGAAUGUCCUGAUUGUUGAAGAUAUAGUGGGCACAGGGAAAACAAUGCAGACUUUGCUUUCCCUGAUCAAGCAGUAUAAUCCAAAGAUGAUGAAAGUAGCCAGCUUGACCCCUCGAAGUGUGGGAUACAGACCUGACUUUGUUGGAUUUGAAAUUCCAGACCAAUUUGUUGUUGGCUAUGCCCUGAACUACAAUGAAUACUUCAGGGACUUAAACCAUGUCUGUGUCAUUAGUGAGAAUGGCAAAGACAAGUACAAAUCAUGA